GUUUUAUCAAUGAACCAUUUAAUUUUAGCCCAGCUCUCUGCAAAAGUAUGGAAAUAACUCGCCUCAUACCGGCCGGCCUGCUGGGUCGCAGGGCGAAUGUGCAAAGCUGCAACCGAUGCGCUUUGCGGCAUAAGAUCGUGCAGUUGCAACAAAUCCGUCAUCGGACGUCACCUAAAUUCACCAUCACGAAACACUCGGGUGGCCCGCGCGGUAGAUUUCAAGAUGUGCUCAGGAUUGCGAUGCAGAAGGUCAGGUCGGAAAUGGAUGGUGCGGACUUUGUGCGCCAGAAGGCAGCGACUCAGAGCUUUUCGCAAAUAUGGAACAACUUCAAGAUGAGCAUCGACCAAUCUGUGCGUCACGGAGGCAAGGGAAACCUUUCAAGAGACUUGGCAGAAGCCUAUAAGCACAAUAAGAUGGACAAUAUGGAGACAUACAUUCGCAGAGCUUUCUAUAACCAUUUGUUCGAUGGACAAUUCUCGGAAGCAGACGUGGCGAAUCAAAAAAAGGUCGCAGACUUGCGUUUCCCAUCAGAAUGGUACCCGAGGACCCGUACGAUGACUAGAAAAGUCUUUUUGCAUGUCGGCCCGACCAAUUCGGGCAAAACGUACCAGGCGUUGCAGAGAUUGGAGCAAGCCGAGAGUGGAGUCUAUGCCGGCCCACUCCGUUUGCUCGCACACGAAGUGUACUCUAGAAUGAACGCGAAAGGGAAGAAAUGUUUACUUCUCACUGGGGAAGAGAAGCGGAAGCCGCCUGAUGAGGGGGCCGAAUCGACUGACAAGAUGUCUGACUUCAAUCUCAUCUCGUGCACAGUGGAGAUGUUCCCAACCCAACGCUUGGUGGAUGUGGCUGUCAUCGAUGAGAUUCAGAUGAUCGGCCACGAGGAUAGAGGCUGGGCGUGGACACAAGCAUUCUUGGGGGUUCGGGCGGAGGAAGUCCAUCUUUGCGGAGAAGAGCGCACAGUCCCUAUGAUUGAGGAGAUCUGCGCAUUAAUCGGUGAUGAAUUGGUGGUGAAUCGUUACAAGCGUCUCAGUGGCCUGGAAAUGGCCCCCGAGUCGCUCAACGGCGAUCUCACGAAGCUGCGGAAAGGUGACUGUAUCGUCAGCUUCUCUGUCAUGGGGAUUCACGCGCUGAAGAAGCAGAUCGAGAAAGCCACAAGAAAGAAUGUCGCCAUCGUAUACGGGUCUCUACCGCCGGAAACACGGGCGCAACAAGCACGACUCUUCAACGAGCCUGAUAACAACUUUGACUUCUUGGUCGCAAGUGAUGCUAUCGGUAUGGGUCUUAAUCUCGCCAUCAAGCGUGUAAUUUUUGAGUCGUCCGCGAAGUUCAACGGCCGCACGCUACGGACAUUGUCUGUCGCCGAUACGAGACAGAUCGGAGGUCGAGCCGGUCGUUUCCGAACAUCGAUACAGGUCAAUGAAACUCCGGUGGACCCAGCCACAGUCCAUGCACAAGCCGAGUCUGCUGCCGCAUCCCUCACAGAAGGUAAAGCCGUGGCCGAAACAUCCAACCUGGAUGUUGAAACGCCCACGAAAAUCGCCUUACCUGUCCGCAAAGAUGAGUCCGUUGGUAUUGUUACCACCCUCGACGCUGUGGACUAUCCGAUCAUCAAGAAAAAUAUGGCAAGUGAACCGCUCCCUAUCGUUAGUGCCGGCAUUCUUCCACCCUCGCACAUUGUGGAGCGUUUCGCUUCUUACUUCCCUCCUCGCACUCCGUUCUCCUACAUGAUGACCCGACUACACGAGCUGUCACAAAUGCACCGUCGAUUUCACCUCUGUGAACUCAAAGACGUCUUGUGGAUUGCCGAUCUAAUCGAGCCUGUGGAAGGACUAAGUGUCGUCGAGAGGCUCACAAUGUGCUCUGUGCCCGCCUCCAAGACCGACGUUCAUCUGUGGAAAGAACUCCUCCCCGCGCUCGCCCGCGUGGCAGGCAGCCAGCGUGCUGUCACGCCUGCAGAUAUCGAGGAGAUGCCGCUUGAAGUGUUGGAAGCGCCCGACCACACCGACGGCCGAGAGUAUCUCAGGGACCUCGAACGUCUCCACAAGGGUCUCGUUGCAUAUCUUUGGCUGGGCUAUCGUUUCUCGGGAGUUUUUUUAGGUAGACCAAUGGCCAUUCAUGCCAAGGAGCUGGUCGAAGGCCGUAUUGAGCGCGUGCUGAGCAAGAUCAAGAUCGAUGAGGCGAAGCGCUUGGCUAAGAAGAACGAACGCGCCCGAGCGGUCGCGGAGGCCGAAGCAAUCGAGGCGGCGAUGCGGGCCGCGGAGGUGGAGGAUCUUGUUGGUCCAGAGCCGUCAUUUGAGGGCUCUGCUACCGAGAUCGACAGCGAUGCUGGCAUAGAAAAUUCGCAAAUCGUGUCCGCAAGCGAUGCCACGGGCGGGAACGAGCCACUUGGACUGGCUGAGGAGGAUCUGGCGGAGAAGAUUGUCAAAACUUCUCCUAAAUCAGAGGAUGCAGAUGAGACAGCUCAACCGCGUGUCUCUUCUGGUUCGGUUUAAGGCUUUAUAAGAUCGCCGCGUCAUAUUUUCUGAUGAAUAAUGAUGAGUUCGUACCAUACCAUACCAC